AUGUCGACACCUGAGCCUGCAGAGGGUUCUGGUUCUCAUUCCACCUCGAUCCUGAAUUUGACUAAAAAGUUCAGACAUCUCGGACGUCUUCCCUCGAGCUGGAUCAAAGCAGCAGACGAUCGUACUCCCCCAGAACAAUCCUACCUCUGCGACACCUGCCUUCGUCUAGAUCUAAACCUCGAGUCGUUCUAUAUCCAAGAUGAUGCCCGUGACUUUGAAAAGACGCAUCGGCCUCGAUAUUUGGGCAGGCUGUCCCACAUUCGCCAUAAAACCCAUUGCCCUCACUGCCGCCUGGUGCUCGAGAUAGCCGACCGUCCUUCUGAUCAACGAAGUCCGAGUCUCCACGCCGACGAUGAUCCGUUGUGCUAUGCACGAUGGGUGGUGGACGGGCAGGAAGAUUUAGGACCCGAUCCCAAUCGCCCUGGAGAACAUAUAUUCAAGCCUAGGACACGACGGUUACUGAUAUACAGUGACCCUCAAGCAUUCAAAGAUGGAUAUAUAGUCCUUCUUGCAGACGACGCUCCAAUUCGAGAAUUCUUCGGCCGCAGAAUCUCCUCUCCUGACCUGCUCGAUCCUCACCAACUUCGUCAAUGGCUCCACGAUUGCGAGACCUACCACGGGAUGGAGUGUGAAGAGUCACUGGUACACCCCGAUCUCUUGGGACAACCAAAGGAUGUCUUUCGGGCGAUCGAUGUGGACAAGAUGUGCAUUGUCGAAUGCCCCCAGUCAUCCCGCUAUGUCGCCUUGAGUUAUCUUUGGGGCAAAAACUUUGCCCAGCUGUUUACGACCUCUAAAAACCUGCCGAAACUGUCACAACCGGGUGCGCUCGAGAAGGAAAAGCUUCCUCGCACGAUCAAGGACGCCAUCAAGCUCACCAAAAUGCUAGGAGAGAAGUAUCUGUGGACGGAUAGCUUGGCACUGUUGCAUGACGAUGGAUUCCAAUAUCAUGACGACUGGGUGUAUGCAAGAGCUGCUCUGACCGUGGUGGCAGGUUCGGGCAAGGAUGCGAAUGCUGGUCUCCCAGGAGUAAGAAAAGAAUCUCGCACAUUCCAUCAAGAGAUCGAAGAGGUCAAGCCUGGCUUGCGGCUAAUGGUGUCUCAUCUCGCUGAAGAUUACAUUUCAACCUCACAAUGGGAUUCUCGUGCCUGGACUUUCCAGGAGAGAAUGCUAUCAAGGCGGUGUCUGCUGUUCGUGAACGGACGGAUAUACUAUCAGUGCCGGCGGACCACCUUCUGCGAAGAUAUGGAGAUGCCGCGAUCCAACGGCUGGUCCUUGGACUCGAUUGACAUGCCGACCAGAAUCUUCCGCGAGAAACCCUUUGUUCAGUUCACAUCAGCGGUGGAGCUAUACACCCGACGAGAGUUGACGAACCCCAACGACAUCCUGAACGCCUUCGAAGGGGUGCAGCUGGUGUUGGAAAAGCGGAUAGCAGAUAAAAUAUUCUAUGGCACACUGGAGACAAUGAUGGAUCCGUCUUUGUUAUGGGAGUCGACGAAAAGGUUGAUUCGCCGACCCGGGUUUCCGAGUUGGUCGUGGUCCGGCUGGAUGGGGGAGAUACAAUGGAAGUUCACCGAGGUGGCCCGCUCGUGGAUUGAAUGGCAUGCUGAUCAGGCCGACGGCAUCCAUUCGUUCCCCAAACAAGCCUACGAUCGUAUACCACCACCUAUACCCUUCCCUCAGGACCUUGGACCGAUGUCGCGUCACAACUUGAGCACUAUGCUUCCUUUAUUACACUUCCGGACUGUCACAGUGCAGUUCAAACUCACUUCACCGGCACUGAUUCACAAAUCAGUCAUUUCACCCCUGAGAAAGAGACUUACUGGCCCGAGCGCUUUAUCGACUGUACGACCUGCCCCCGCAGACCCUGGACUGAUCAGAGCAGGGAUUGCUGAUCGGAACGGAUUGUGGUGUGGCACUAUUGACCUUGAUGCGGCUUGGAUGCACCGGGUUGGGACGCCGCUGGAUUUCUUGGUCAUGUCCAGGGUGAGUCUGUUUACCGAUGAUGAAUUAGCUAUCUGGGAAGGCACAUUACCGGAUGACGUGGAGGACUUGUUGGCGAGAAGGAAUUAUGGCGUUUAUAUUGUCAUGUUGGUCUCCAGGAAAGACGAUAUAUAUUACCGCGAAGGGCUGGGGCGGAUAUUGGCAGGCGCGUUGGACAGGGCUCUCGAGCCCGGGCCUAAAUGGGAGGAUAUAGUCCUUGGGUGA